AUGGCCGUCACAUACGAAGAACCAGAGCGAGAACGAGACUCCGUCGAACGCGAUGAGGCGGCCGACGGAGGUGCAGAGCGAACAAAACCCCUCAAUCGCAUGCGAUGGGCCACAGUGCGCAAACCCGGCCGUCGCGGCACCAUGAAACGCCGCUCCAUUUUCCAACGGAAUAUGGCCCGCAUGAGCGGCGUGGCCUUUGGCAACAAUCGCGACUCUAAUUACCGCAACUCCGCCGGCACCGAGGCGAGCGAGAUCAAGGCGGAAGAGAUUGCCAACGAUACCGCGGCGGGUGGACAGACACAUCGCACGAUAUACUUCAAUCAGCCGCUACCGGAUGAGGCGAGGGACGAGGAGGGACAUCCCUUGCAGCAGUUCAAGAGAAACAAGAUUCGAACGGCCAAGUAUACGCCCAUCAGCUUCAUUCCGAAGAACUUGUGGUUUCAGCUGCACAACAUUGCCAAUGUGUAUUUCAUAUUCAUUGUCAUCCUUGGGGUGAGUACGGACAUGUCUCCACUGAAAGUUGGGUAGGCAGGGGCGUGACAUGCUGAUAAGACCAAUGUCUAGAUAUUCUCCAUCUUCGGUGUACAGAAUCCGGGGCUUGCUGCCGUACCCAUCAUCGUUAUCCUGACAAUCACGGCCAUCAAGGACGCCAUAGAGGACUGGCGAAGAACGGUUCUGGACAACGAGUUGAACAAUGCGCCGGUGCAUAGGUUGGUGGAUUGGGAAAAUGUCAAUGUCUCUGACGAGUCCAUCGGCUUGUGGCGCAGAUUCAAAAAGGCGAAUACACGCUUCAUCCUCUCGAUAUGGAGGCUGUGGAAGACCAAACGGGAAGAGCAGGCUGCGAAGAAGGGCAAGGGGAAGAAUGCGCAGGACACGAAGCUUGAUGAGGCUCUCGCGAGAGAUGAACGCCGCAUGAGUGCGCUUACAGCCAGGCUUGAUGAGGAGGACUAUCCUCGCGAGGAUCCAAAUGGCGAUAUGGAGAUGACGCCUGUCCCGUCUCCUACGCCCGGGCAAAGGCCGCAGCAGCAUGCGGAUGGGACGUACGAUGACACUGUGGAUCCAGGAUACCAGCAGAGCAGCCUGACUGUUCCGGUAGAUGGCGAUGUGAAGGAGGUGCCCGUGCCCAAGAAAUUUCAUGGAAGUCUCAUCAAUCCAACCGCGUCGAGACCGGAGAAAGCGCGUUUCAAGCGCGAUUACUGGAAGAACGUACGAGUCGGCGACUUUGUUCGCUUAUAUAACGACGAGGAAGUACCCGCCGAUAUCAUUGUCCUCUCAACGAGUGAUGCAGAUGGCGCUUGCUAUAUCGAGACCAAGAACUUGGAUGGCGAGACGAAUUUGAAGGUCCGGACAGCCCUGUAUUCCGGCCGCGCCGUGAAACGAGCGCGGGAUUGUGAGCAGACCGACUUCAUACUGGAGAGUGAACCUCCGCAUGCGAACCUGUAUGCGUAUUCUGGAGUCGUGAGAUGGAAUCAGUACGAUGCCAGAAAUCCGCAUGCCGAGCCCAAGGAAAUGGCAGAACCGGUCGGGAUCAACAACAUGCUGCUCCGUGGAUGCACGGUUCGCAACACUGAGUGGGUGCUGGGAGUUGUUGCCUUCACUGGUGAAGACACAAAAAUCAUGCUCAAUUCUGGUAUCACCCCUUCGAAACGGCCGAAGAUCAUGCGAGAUCUGAAUUGGAACGUGCUCUACAAUUUCGUGAUCCUAUUCUUCAUGUGCCUGGUUGCAGCUAUUGUCAACGGCGUCACAUGGGGUGAAAGCGAUAACUCGCUGGUCUAUUUUGAGUAUGGAGGCUACGGUGGAACGGCUGGACUCAAUGGAUUUAUCACGUUCUGGGCGGCUAUCAUCCUCUUCCAGAACUUGGUGCCCAUCUCGCUGUACAUCUCUCUGGAAAUCGUGCGUAGUGUGCAGGCCUUCUUCAUCUACUCGGACACAUUCAUGUACUACGAGAAGAUCGACUAUCCCUGCACGCCCAAGUCUUGGAACAUUUCGGAUGACCUGGGACAGAUUGAGUACAUCUUUUCAGACAAGACCGGCACUCUGACGCAGAACGUGAUGGAGUUCAAGAAGUGUACGAUCAAUGGACAUCCAUAUGGUGAGGCGUAUACCGAAGCUUUGGCUGGUAUGCAGAAGCGUAUGGGAGUCAACGUGGAAGAAGAGUCUGCGAGAGCCAAGGCUCAGAUUGCGCAAGAUCGCGUUACGAUGCUUGCGCGCAUUCGAAAGAUGCACAACAACCCGUACUUGCGAGACGACGAGCUAACUUUCGUCUCUCCUGGCUUCAUUGCAGAUCUUGACGGCGAAAGCGGUCCUGAGCAGAAGGCUGCUACUGAGCAGUUCAUGCUUGCUCUCGCCCUAUGUCACAGCGUCAUAACAGAAAGGACACCGGGAGACCCGCCUAAAAUCGAAUUCAAGGCGCAAAGUCCAGAUGAGGCUGCGCUCGUGGCGACCGCGAGAGACGUCGGCUUCACGGUCAUAGGGCGAUCGAACGAUGGUAUCAUUAUCAAUUACCUCGGCGAAGAACGCGAGUACACUGUUCUGAACACUCUGGAAUUCAACUCCACAAGAAAGCGAAUGAGCUCGAUCCUCCGAAUGCCAAAUGGAAAGAUCAUCCUCUUCUGCAAGGGUGCUGAUAGUAUCAUCUACUCGCGCCUGAGGAAGGGUGAGCAAGCUGAGUUACGAAAGUCAACUGCUGAGCAUCUCGAGAUGUUCGCGAGAGAAGGUCUCCGAACGCUCUGCAUUGCCCAGCGAGAGCUCAGCGAGGACGAAUACCAGGAGUGGAAUGUUGACCACGAACUUGCUGCCGCUGCUGUGCAAGAUCGCGAAACGAAGCUGGAAGAAGUUGCUGACCGCAUUGAAAGGGAACUUACUCUGCUCGGAGGUACCGCCAUCGAAGACAGAUUACAGGAUGGCGUUCCGGAUGCGAUUGCUCUGCUUGCGCAAGCCGGUAUCAAGCUUUGGGUGCUGACCGGCGACAAGGUUGAGACUGCAAUCAAUAUUGGUUUCUCGUGUAACCUCCUGGACAAUGACAUGGAUCUCAUCGUACUCAAGGUUGACGAAGAUAGCUUUGAGCAGGCCGAGGCAGAACUGAACAAGAAUCUGGCUGUGUUCGGCAAGACUGGUUCGAACGAGGAACUCAAGGCAGCAAAGAAAAACCACGAACCUCCUGCUCCGACACACGCGCUGGUCAUCGAUGGCGACACUCUCAAGGUCGUGCUGGACGACAGACUACGACAGAAGUUCUUGCUGCUAUGCAAGGAAUGCCGAUCUGUGCUGUGCUGUCGUGUGAGUCCGUCGCAGAAGGCUGCAGUGGUUGGUCUGGUCAAGCAUACAUUGGAAGUCAUGACUUUGUCCAUUGGAGACGGUGCCAACGAUGUCGCCAUGAUUCAAGAAGCAGACGUUGGUGUUGGUAUUGCGGGAGAAGAAGGUCGACAGGCUGUCAUGAGCUCCGACUACGCCAUCGGCCAGUUCCGCUUCUUGACAAGACUGCUCCUCGUGCAUGGAAGAUGGGAUUACAGGCGUAUGGCCGAGUGUGUUGCCAACUUCUUCUACAAGGUACGUCCCAUAGGAACUUUUGGUAAGGCAUAUGCGCUGACUUUUGACAGAACAUCAUCUGGGUGUUUGCGCUGUUCUGGUAUCAGAUUUACACUAACAUGGACUGCUCGUACGCUUUCGAUUACACCUACAUCUUGCUCUUCAACCUGGCUUUCACCUCGCUGCCGGUCAUCUUCCAAGGUAUUCUGGACCAGGACGUCGAUGACAAGGUCGCCCUGGCGGUCCCUCAACUCUACCGCCGUGGUAUCGAGCAGAAGGAAUGGACACCGCUCAAGUUCUGGACGUACAUGAUUGAUGGACUCUACCAGUCAGUCAUCUGCUUCUACUUCACAUACCUGCAAUUCAGGGUCGCCAAUUUCGAAAGCGAAUCUGGGCGGAACGUCAACGACUACAAGCGGCUGGGCGUUUAUAUCGUGAACCCCACCGUUGUCAUUGUCAAUGUCUACAUUCUGAUCAACACCUAUCGAUGGGACUGGUUUAUGUGCUUGAUCACUGGCAUCUCGAUCCUGUUAGUCUUUUUCUGGACUGGUGUCUACACCUCCUUCACCGCGGGCUACACUUUCUAUGGGGCAGCCAGCCAGGUCUAUGGCGCGUUGAGCUUCUGGUGCGUGGGACUGUUGACUAUCGUCAUGUCUCUGGCUCCUCGCUUCUCGGCCAAGGCUUUCCAGAAGAUGUACUUCCCCAUGGACAUCGACAUUGUGCGCGAACAAGUGCGACAAGGGAAAUUCGACUACUUGAAGACUGUGGAUCCGGGCCAUGUUGGACCGCAGGCGGAUAAGAUCCCUGCUGCUGCGGAGUCUACUAGUAGUUCUGAGAUUUCCAAUGCCAAGUCGAUGGCUGUCGGAUUGGAAGGGUCUACGGGCGCCGAGAGGAAGACGAUGGAAGAAGACAUGAGACCUAUUUAUCCCCCGAGUAUCGCGGCUACGGCCACGACGCACAAUCCGAGGAGUCACAAUGGAUCUGAUGGAACGGAUUAUACCGGACACCGCAGUUCCAUUGACCGGGCUUUCCCGCAUGUCGGAGGACGCUAUUCGAACACACCGGCCAUCACCGAGAACGACGGUGGUGACAUUUACGGUAUAGGUUCAGGUGGCCAACAAGCACCCGCUAGUGGCACACGACCGAGCAUGGAUCGACCCCGACCUUCCUUCGAUCGUCUGAGGAGUUCGAUGGACCGGACAAGGCCUUCCUUUGAAGCCUCGAGGGAUUUCACGUCUGCCGCUUACCUUUCGAGGGUGGAAAGUAGCCAUAGCCAGGGCAAGAACGACGGCGCGCAGACUCCGGUGCCGGGCAGUAAGCGGCGAGAAGAUAUCAGUGAAGACUUGAGGAGUGGGGAUGGGAAUGGAAAUGCAAAUGGCAGGUGA